CAACCCUUAAGUUUGCAAAGCAUAUGUUAAGUUGAUGGUCCAUGAACUUCUGAGGCACAAUUCAGUGGAUGUGGAUGUGUGUGAAAAGAUUUUUCAGGACAUGAGCAACUUCUGGAAUUAAGGAAUCAAAAGAGGCGCUCUCAUCUCUACAUAUGAAGCUGGAAGCGCUUACUUGGGGUAUGAAAAGUCUGCUUCAUUACUUAUCUUGCCAACAUUUCAGAACAAAUUGAAAGGAUCUAAUCUUAGUGAUACAAGAAUCAAAGUAUGACCAAAAUUUUUCAAUGAAAUUGAAAGAAUUAUCUAUUCUAAAUAAAAGACUUCAAGAUUUCAAGAGUACCUAUCAUCCCCAAGCGCAAAACCAGAUUGUUAAUUCUUGAGUUAAGACUGCACAAACUUUUCAUAGAAUUUUUUUGUUGAUUGUUCUAUUCUUAUCUGAUUUCUUAUACCACCUAUUGAUUGAGUAAUUGAAUAGUUUUUCAAUAUCAUAAUAUAAAAAUAAAUAUAAAACAUUAAUAUUUAUUUGAGUCUAGAUAGAGACCCUUACAGUCUUUGAGAUCGGGAAUCAAAGGCAAAUGGGGAAUCAACACAAAAUAAUCAUAUAACACAUGAGACCCAUAAUUCAUUUCCGGUUUAUUAAUAACGGAUUAAAGUCAUACAGUUGUGAAUUUGAGUUUGGGGUGGCAUUAUUUUAAGAAGGCAUCACUCAAAAAAGUUAGAUGUCUAAAAUGAAGUUUUCUUUUUGCAUGCAAAAUUAAAAUAACUUCUAGGGACAAUGCACUGUUUGACAGUAACCAUAAGUGGUAGCUUAUGUAAUGGAAAGUUUCGAACAGGUGAAGAUGAUGUUUUCACCUGAAAGGUAAUCAUUGCUCUCGAUACAUUCGUAUGAACUCAAUGAAAUUAAAGAGAAGUAUUUUCACUCCACUAGCAGAGAACAGAAAGACAUGAAUAUUGUGCUACAACUUUUGGUUCAAUAUAUACGUCUGUGUUGUUGACAAAACAAAAUGCAUAAAAUAUUUUCUUAUAUAUUAUUUUCUUAUAACAUUUUCUUAUAUAUUAGUAUCUGUUAAAAAUAUAUGUCAAAUCCUUUUUUUUGCAAGUAUACACAAUAUAAAUGAAAUUGUGAUAGUGUUAUUUUCUGUUACCAGAAAAAUUUCUGAUUAUAGUAUCUUUAUCAAAAUGUAUUUGUAGAUACAGUAACUAAAUUAUGAUAGUAAAAGAAUAUGCAAAACAGUUUUUUCAGUUAAAGAUUUUUCAUUCGUCAUACAUAUUAUUUUUUCCUCAAAAAUUAUAGAAACAGUUUAUAUAAAUGAUAGAUAUGAUGAGUGUACGAAAGUAAGGUAGUAUAUAUGUUAAAAUCUGUUCAUAGAUAUAUUAAUUAAACUGUAAUAGUAAAACCAUAAUUAUUUAAUGAUAUUUUACUUGUCAAAGUAUGCAUUAAUUGGUUGUACAUUUAUGGUAUUGAAUUUUUAUAUUACUAUAAAUUCAUUGGACCAGGAAGAACCAUUUCAACAGUUUCUCAAAACAAUUUCUUAAAUAAAACCAGAAAACCUUAAUUAGUAUUACAAAAUAUAAUAUAAAAACAAAAAUGGAGUAGUUCUCCUUUGGGGAAGAGAGGUAGAGAGGCAUUUGUUUGUUCGUGUGUUCCUUCUUUGUGGGUUUAUUGACAGCGAUGAUGAUCUUCAAGUAUCUUUGAAACUAUCUGUGGGAGAGAGGGUUUCUCAUAACUGAUUUCGUGUAGGUUUGGGACAAAUCAAUUUUUUUUUUUAAUUUAGAUUGUGAUUUCUUCCCUGCCCUUGUGGUGUAUAGUAAGAGAGUGAAAGAGGGCAGAGAAUUGUAUAUUGGUUCCUUUGCUUGAUACAAUAUAGCUUUACUGAUGGAGAAACGUGAACCCUCUUUGGUACCUGAAUGGUUGAGAAGUUCAGGGAAUGGUUCUGGUGUUGGGAAUAAAAGUCAUAUUCAGUCAUCUUCUGCUCGCUCAGGUAUGCUCCAGUUUUAUAUGCCUCUAUAUUCCUUUUAAAACCAUUGUUUGAAUAGCAUCGUAACUUCAUAUCAUUUCCGUUUUCAUUUUGAUUUAGAUAAUAACAAGAGUAGGAACCCUAGGGCAGAAACCGAUGUUGAUUCAGUUCGGUCUCCUUUAAUCGAUCGGUCUUCUUCCACCGAUGCACGGAGGAGGUUUAGUAAUGGGUCUACCAAAAAUGCAUAUAGGAAUUUCAAUGUUCAAAGGAGAGGUAAAGAUCGGAGAAUGGAGAGAGAUAGGCCGAGCUACAUAGACCCAUGGGACCGUGAUUCUCGUUUCCCUUUCGGUACCUUCUUAAAUGGAAGGAAUCAAGAGCAGUCAAGACGAUCAAAUUCAAUGACAACAAGGAAACAUGACGACUACUUAGCUCAAGGGUUUACAAAUGCAACGAGUUCCAGGGAUUUUCCUAGGCUUAAAACCGAAGAGGGGAAUGAAGGAGACCCAGACGCUGUAAAAAUCUCAUCUUCUGAUCUAAGUCUUGCUGUUCAGAGCUUGUCUGUUGGUGACUCAGGCAUUACUGCUGGGGAAGGUUGGGCAUCGGCUCCGGCGGAGGUUCCCAAUGAUAUUAAGAAAAGUGGUUCUGACUCUGAUAUUACUUCGAAUACCUUAACGGGACAGACUCGUAACAUGGCUGAAGCAUUGCUGCAGCCUCCUAGAACUGGUGCAUUUCCUCAGGGAUAUUCAAUGAUAAAAAGACUUGAGGACCAAGCUCUUAAGCUAAUACCGGUUGUGCCUUCUGCACCAAAGGGCUCAGUAAGCUUUUUUUCCGGAGCUAUUAUUAUUUUCCUCCUCUCUUUCCUUGGGCUAUACUGUAUAUAUUUUGGUUUUAUUUAUCAGGUUUCCAUGACCAAACCAAUGGUUCGAAGUGGUGCAGUUGGUCUUGCUUCUUUUAGAAAUACCCACAAGCAUUCCUCGAUGCUGCUAGGCAAUAUUCAUUCUAAUUAUGGUAAGCCUGAUAGUAAGCUGGUAAUUCUCAACCCUGCGGGCAAAGAAUCUGGAGGUCCAAGUCGUAUAACCAACAGCGUGGCAGCUGGUUUCCAGAUGAUCGCUGCUCCAUCUGCGCCAUUCAUUACUUCUGUGGCUCAAACGCAGAGCAGGAAUGCGUUUUACAGUGCUUUGAAGAAGAAGACAUCUACAAACAUCUCAACUAGCUCUUGCAUCUUCCCUUCUGUCGAGGAAAAAUCAGACAUCUCUAAGGAGCUUGUAGCUAGUAACCCUUCAAGUGUGCAUGCUGCAGAAAGAGAUGGUGGUUUUGAACCGGCAGACCUUCCAGAUGAAGAAGAGGCUGAGUUCCUUAAAUCCCUUGGGUGGGACGAAAACAAUACUGAGGUAGAAGCCCUUACAGACGAGGAGAUCAGAGCUUUCUAUGAACAGCACAAGAAGUUGAAGCCAUCACUGAUGAAAAAGCUGCCUAUCAUUAAAGAGGCAACUGAGGACGCAACUCUCAGCUCGUGAUCCGAUUUUGAAGAUAGUUUUCUCAUUUCUCUUUCCUUAUUUUGGUGGUGGGGAGCUUCAGUUGCACUAUGAGUGUUGUUCUACUUCUUCAGAAAAGCAGCAAAAUUGAGUAUUUGUACAUCUUUUGGUCUGAAGAUAGAGAGUGGUUUUGUUUUGAAAGCUUCCUUAGGUUUCUGAUGUUUGAUGACAAUGAUGAUGACUGGGGAAAAAGAAAACUUGUUGGUGGUAUGAAUGCAAAAUUUAAAGGCUUUCGGUUUCUGUCUUAAAAAUAAGUAUUUCCACUUUUGCAGUUUUUUUUUUGGUUUUAGUUAUUUUCUCUAUUUUAAUUGGUUUCUUAUAGCAUGAUUAUUGGAGGUUCUUAAAGCAUCAUUAUCGCUCUAAACAGAGCGU